AUGAUUGGAUUUGAUGACAAUCUUGUACGAAGGCUAGUCGCCGAAAGAACGGGAUAUUCCAAUGAAGAGAGAUCGGAAUGGCUCGAAGAUCUCGAACGGGACAACAGUGGUGCUUGGUUGGCUUUGCUUAUUCCGCAAUUGAAGGAAUUGAGGAUACUCAGCCUCAUCUGGCCCUUCGGCUCACAGCAUGUUCUAAAAAUGUUGCAAAAAGCUGCUAUUGAGGAGGAGCCAGUUUUUCCUCAUCUCAAGGAAGCCUAUGCAGCUGAGGACAAUUCAGAGACCACAUUUCCAUCAGAUUGGAUGCAUUCAUUCUUCAAAUUUCCCUCAAUGCGCAAAGUGGGCUGCUGCAUGGCGGAGGAGUAUAAGAAUGACGACGAUGACGAUGAGGAUAAUGAGGAUAGUGAGGAUAAUGAGGUGGAGCCAGAAUCGGAUGAAUCUAAAUUUCUGAAGCGAUACACCCUCUCGCCACGGUCCUCGAAUAUAACCGACAUCGACCUCAAAGAAAGCAACGCCGCGAAGGGGAUGCGGGAAUGGGUUCAGGCCUGCAAAGCACUGAAAUCAUUCCGGAUUGUCCUUGGUUCAGAAGUGGGUCCCUGGGAUGACUUUGAGCCGCGGAAAAUUUACGAAUCGCUUUCACUCCAGAAGUUGACGAUGGAGUCUAUUUGGGUUGAGAAUAACGAUGGACUCGAUAUGGAUACUGAUAACGAAUGGAUGGGGUCUUUUGUUGAUUUUACCGCUCUGAGGCUUAUCGGUGCUUCCUUGCCCAAUCUUGUUGGAUUUGACGAGCACUACCUACCCGUGUGA